AUGGUCUUCGAAUGGGUCAUGGACAGCUUCUCCCCUAUGGUGGUUAUGGGUCUCUUCGCCGUCUUCCGGAUGCCACUCGGGCUUCUGCAGUUGCCCACACUCCAGUUUGAUGCGCCUCAUAACACCACUUCGAACCCUACCGUCGGCGCGUUGACACCCGAGUAUAACGCCGUGAUUGCAUUACGUAAGCGGGAUUAA